AAUCACACAGAGCUCCACCGACUCUCGCUUUGCAUCCCCCACGUCUCUCUCCUCUCCAUCUGCAAGCCGCUCUCUGCCGUCAACCUUGCACGAGUUCCUGUGAAGCAUCUUCCUCUGGAGGAGAAAACAGUAAUAAGUUUCCCUUUUUCUGAGCCCUGCAGGACACAGAGAGCCGACAGCCAACAUGGAGGCCAUCAAGAAGAAGAUGCAGAUGCUGAAGUUGGACAAGGAGAACGCCAUCGACAGGGCAGAGCAGGCCGAGUCCGACAAGAAGGAGGCGGAAGAUAAAUCCAAGCAGCUGGAGGACGAGCUGCUCGCCCUGCAGAAGAAGCUGAAAGGAACAGAGGACGAGCUGGACAAGUUCUCCGAGGCGCUGAAGGACGCUCAGGAGAAGCUGGAACUGUCUGAGAAGAAGGCUGCAGAUGCCGAGGGCGAAGUGGCCUCUCUGAACCGACGCAUCCAGCUGGUGGAGGAGGAGCUGGACCGAGCUCAGGAGAGGCUGUCCACGGCCCUGCUGAAGCUGGAGGAGGCCGAGAAGGCUGCGGACGAGAGCGAAAGAGGCAUGAAGGUGAUUGAGAACAGAGCCAUGAAAGACGAGGAGAAGAUGGAGAUCCAGGAGCUGCAGCUCAAAGAGGCCAAACACAUCGCAGAGGAGGCUGACCGGAAAUAUGAGGAGGUUGCUCGCAAACUGGUGAUCCUCGAGGGUGACCUGGAGAGGGCAGAAGAGAGGGCAGAACUUGCUGAACUAAAGUGUAGUGAUUUGGAGGAAGAGCUUAAAAACGUCACCAACAACCUCAAGUCUCUAGAGGCUCAGUCUGAUAAGUAUUCUGUGAAAGAAGACAAAUACGAAGAGGAGAUUAAAAUCCUGAAUGACAGACUCAAGGAGGCGGAAACCCGUGCAGAAUUUGCAGAAAGGACGGUGUCAAAGCUUGAAAAGACCAUAGACGACCUAGAAGAGAACCUGUCGAAGGCAAAGGAGGAAAACCUAGGAAUGCACCAGGUUCUGGACCAAACACUGCAUGAGCUCAACAGCUUGUAAAAAAAACAAACAAACAAAAAAAAAACCCCAAGAAGAACGAACAGCAAUAGAAAACAAAAACACCUUUUUUUUGUAAAAGAAUAUUUUCUACAUGCCAUCCAUCUUUGUCAUUCCACACAUCUCAUUGUCUGUGACUUUUUAACACAUGUAGCCAAUUUAUGUAUUUAUGGUUCCUUUGUUUCUUUUACUUUUUUAAUUAAUGGUUUUGGGUCCAAACGAUCUCAGUAUUGGUGCUGGAAAUUGUGUUUUAGACCAAAAUCUGACAACAAAUAAAGCCUGUGAUGUCAGUUUCCAUGCAGCUUCUGAUUAGCUUUCUGCUCUUUUUGGCAUCCAUGUUAAAGAAAAUUGUAAAAUGACAUCAAUUUUCUUUUGCUGCUGAUUAAUUUCACUCUAUAAAACGUAAAAAAAAGAAGAAAAAAAACUUUUAAUUUUAGAACAUUUAUUCGCUGUGGAAAAAAUACCCCAUAUUAUUGGCAGCCAUAAGUAUUGAUAUGAAAUAAAUACAACUGGAAACAUA